AUGGCCCAGGAGACCUUUGGUUCCCUCCUCCCCACCCCCCCACCCCCUGCCGAGCGGGAGUGCGCCCGCCACCACGGCGUCCUCCGGGCUUGCGCGACCCGACCGGCGCCGCAGCGCGGCCGGGGCAUUCCCACCCGACACUGCACCCUGGGCUCCCGGCCACCCGGCAUGGCGGUCCCCUCCCGGUCCCCGCGUCCCGGCCUCCCCGCCGCGCCUCCGUGCCCCCUAAGCGCCGCCCCCCUACCUCGCAGCCCCGCGCCCUCGGGAGCCGGCGCACGCGGCCGGCCGAGGGCAGCGUGGGCACUUGUCGUGGGCCACGAAAAUCAAGGAGGUCCCAGCAUGACGUCAGCACGGGGGCCGGGACCGAGGUGGGACCGGGGGCCGGGCCGGGAGGAAGCAGCUCCCGCCGCGGGCACCACACACGGACCCGCCUCGCCGCCGUCCUACCCUCCGCGGGGGCCACCAGGGGGGCGGGAGGCUGGCAGCGGCGAAAGACUCCCGGGCACGGCCACCGACCUGCCGCCGAGUUGUGCCGAGCACGCGCGGGACGCCCGCGUGGGACGCCCGCGCUCCCAGAAAUACCCGGGGGCGGCGGGGGAGGAGCGGCACAGGUGA